CUUAUCCUUCCAAAAGCUCUGCAUAAAAAGGCAUUUCACACAGAAAACCUUUAAGAUUUAGGCAUGAAUGAAACAAAACGAGACUCUGAAUUUGCUUGUGACAUUCUUAUGGAAGGACACAUUGAGACACCGUGUAUUUAUGCACUACAACAACCAGCAUUGCUCCUAAUGAAAGCGAGGCAGUGUAAACACAACUCCAGGAACAUGAAAAGAUCGGGUGACAGUGAGGGGGAGAAGAGAAGAAAGAGGCGGCGGCUCCUGCAGGAGUUGGGGGACCAGAAGAUCCCCUUUCUGGCACCACCAGAUCGGGGCUACCAGCAGCUGUGGGACUCCAGUUACUCUGGCCUGGUUCUGAAGAGAUCCUGCUCACUGCCUUUAGAGCUCCAUGGUCGGGUGCAGGCAGCUCUCCUCACCCUGAGAAGAAAAGGCUGCCUCUUGCGGGAUUUGGUUCGCGUCCGGGACAGAGACGUAUUCACAGCCGUGUCUCGGGUCCUGCUGGGUGAACCAGGCCACACCUAUCGCUACCUGGACACACGGCUCUUUGCCAUCCCCUGGCACAGCGAGGACAAAGAUGCCAAAGGACAAAACUGUUGUGACCCUGACUUGAGUGCUGCUUGCAAGGCAUUAUGGGAGCUAAACACCUUCUUCUGCUCUGAUGUGUCUCACGUGAAGGAAGGAGACAGGCUCACACAGUGUGCGAAGGGGGAGGCAGAGGCCAAACAAGGUGAGGAGGGGGACGCAGAGUCUAAACACAGUGAAGACUCCAAGAACAGUGAAGGAGUGGACUCAGAGUCUCGACAAAGUGAGGAGGGGGACACUGAGUCCAAGCACAGUGAGGAGUGGGACAUUGAGUCAAAACACAGCGACGAAGGCUGCUCGGGGUCAAAACCUGAAGGGGAAUGGGAGACUGGGUCUAAACACAGCAGUGAGGAGGGUGAGUCCUCACAACUCAAACCAGGUGGAAUGUGUGUCACAUCAGGGACUGACCACAGUGAAGUAAAGUACCCCGGCUGGGCCCCGAGGACCAGAAGCGGCAAAGAUACAGAAGCUGUUGCACUAGAGGCCCAUGAGAAACCUGUGGCCCAACUCAAGCACAGCUUGUCUGAUUACCACAUCGAGGACAAAGAGGAUCAGGCAGGUGGGCAGGGUUGUUCCCAGCCAAGUCCUCCACAGAAAUGCACAGGUCCAGUCAAGUUCAAUGUCACCUUACUCAACUACAUGGACCCGGCAGCUAUGAGCCAGCUCAAAGAGGAGCCUUACUAUGGCAUGGGGAAAAUGGCAGUAGGGUGGCAUCACGAUGAGAACCUCAUCACUCAUUCACCAGUGGCUGUUUACAGCUAUAGCUGUCGUGAUGACAAAGGUGAGAGCAGUGAAGGAAGCAGCAGUGAGAAGGCAUGCUGGAGGAUUGGGCUAAAGGUAGCCUGGGACAUCCACACACCUGGCCUGAUGCUGCCACUGGAGUCUGGAGACUGCUACUACAUGAGAGAUGACCUCAACAGUACCCACCAGCACUGUGUCCUAGCUGGAGAAACUGCUCGCUUCAGCUCCACGCACAGAGUGGCUGAGUGCUCUAGUGGGACCCUGACCUACAUCCAGUCACAGUGCCAAAAGGCCCUGUCAAACCUGCACACUGACCCAGAGACAGGCUCCCACAGCCUGCUGUCCCUGCAGCCCACAAUGCUGCAGCAUUGUGAGGAGAUUCACAAUGAGGUGGAGUUCGAGUGGCUGCGGCAGUACUGGUUCCAGGGCCAGCGCUACGCCCGCUUCUGCAGCUGGUGGACCAGACCGAUGGAGCAGCUGGAGAAAGACUGGAAGCUCAUGGAGACGGUGACGAUGCUCUUCCUGGCUACGGUGGAACAGGAGGAACAAGAAGGGGAGGGAAGGAGAGAGCUGGCAGAAACCCUGCUGGCUGCCUUGACAGACAGACACCAGCAAAGACAGACGUGGAGAGACAGGUGCCACUCCAGUCUGGCCCAGACGUUACCCCCUGAGGAGGCCCCAGUGGACCGACCCUUCUGGGGUGUGGAUGACCCCGGCAUGCCACUACCCUUUGAUCUGGCUGACAUCAUCAACAGAGUGGAAUCACUGCUCUGGAGGUAGGCUCAAGAUGUCGAAGAGUAAUGUGAGGGAUGGACAGAGGUAGUAAGACAGAAAAAAAAAAUACCCCACCAGCUUUUUUGAAUGGCGCCCCACAUCAUCUGAGGGCACAGACCACUGAACACUCCUCCGUUGUAAUCCUACCAAGAUUGAUUUCCUUUUGAUUGGAGCAUCAACGUGCCCCCCCCCCCCCCCUCCCCCCCCUUUACCCCCCCUCCCCCUUCCACUACCCCAGAUGUCCCCGGCAUCUCAGCCGCUGCACCUUGGAGCUGUCUGGAAGGAAACCAGAGCACCACAAUAGUGUCGAAAUAGUGCUUCAGUAACAUGCUAACAGCGCAACGCUUAGCGACAAGCUACUAGUGUCACAAUGGUCUAACGAAAUAUAAGUGGAACCGGCAUUUCAGUGUUAGCAUACAUGUGUAACUAUUUAUUAUUUCUGUGUAUUCUGUUACGUAACCUCAUGUAACCCAGAUAUGCUUUUAUCAAUGGAUUGACUCAUUUUCAGUAGUCACAGUACAGUACAUACAUAUAUGCUUUCUAUUUGUCACACAGUGUUAUAAUACAGUAUAGAAUGGUUAAAAAAAACUGCUCACCUGGCAUUGCAUUCACUUGUGUAUAGUGAUCCCCUUUAUUAUUGUGUUCAACCGUGGAACGACCUGAAGAGACCAAAGAAAGAGUACAAGAAAGUUAUGAAUGUCACCCAAUGAAGAACAUGAAGAAUGUGUUGUUUAGAGUUUACGCUGCAGAGGUGCGCUUGUGCCAUAUUAAUGUGUGAGUGUUUGUAUGUGUUCAUAAUACAUGUGAUCAGUUGUUGGUUUGUGUGUUUGUGCGUGUUCACUGUCCCACUUGUCGACAUGAAGGCGUGUGUGUAUGACUGUGAUAGUGUGUGUGUGAAUGCGAUAGUGUGUGUGUGGGAGCCUGUAGGCAGCCUGCCAGUUGUUCUUGAAGAUUCGCAUAUGGAGAAACAGAGAGUAGCAGCGGGGCCCCCUCUGCCUCUGCUCUGAUGAAAGGCAGCUCUGAUAGAAUGACCCGGAACACAACCGCCGUUUCUCAUAAUUACAGCUGUUCAAUCGCUUUUAAUUACUCUUAAAGUGUGUAGAGCACCACAUUCCCCUGUAAUGCUGCGGGCCAUCCGAGAGAGAGAGAGAGAGAGGGAGAGAGAAUGAGAGAAAGAUCCGGAGCUUCUGACAAAAUCCACUUUCAAAAAAGCUUAAAAGGGUGGAAAAGGGGGCCGACGUCAAAGCAGUGUAGCAGCCCUCUUCGUUUGAUUCCUUUCUCUAUCUAGUUCAUGAUGAAGUAGAGACGCUGUUUACUAUUAAAAAUGCAGAAUGCACUCCUUUUUUUACUUCUGAAGUUUUUUCCAAGAUGUUAAUGGUUGCCAAACGCUGUUCUUCUUGCUUCUUCUUUUUGCUGCGCCUCCGUUGUUUGUUGUUGUCAGAGAUUUGUUUGUAGAUCGGCAGUAGCGUUGACUUGUUUGAAUCACUCUGUGCUCCCUGCGCCACAGCUUGUCUGUCUGAAGCAAUAGGAAUGGCAGUAAAUAAAAAAACAGUGUUUUAUCCAA